AUGUCAACCAACGCAUUCGAAACCUCAACGCCUGAAUUGCCUGAGAAGACUAUGAAGGCUCAACAUGCCGAUGGAGCUACAACUCCAUCAACUAUGGAGGCAGCGGAAGGCCCAUUUUUUGAUGCUGCUAGAACCAAAAAGCUGCUCAGGAAGAUGGAUUGGCAUCUUGUUCCUUUCCUGGCACUUUUAUAUCUACUUUCUUUCCUUGAUCGUACCAAUGUCGGAAAUGCACGUCUCGCUGGUCUUGAGAAGGACUUGGGAAUGAGCGGGCUCGACUACAAUGUUGCACUUGCUGUUUUCUUCCCUUGGUACGUGCUUGCUGAAGUGCCAUCCAACAUCAUGAUGAAGAAGACCCGGCCAUCUCUUUGGCUCACCAUCAUUAUGUUGGCGUGGGGUGUUGUCAUGACUCUCAUGGGUGUUGUCACUUCUUAUGGCGGUCUUCUUGCUGCUCGUAUGGCUCUCGGUGUUGCUGAGGGUGGUCUCUUCCCCGGUGUGACAUUCUACAUCACUAUGUGGUACCAGCGCCAUGAGUGUGGUCUUCGUAUGGCCAUUUUCUUCUCAGCCGCUACUCUCGCCGGAGCUUUUGGAGGACUUCUUGCCAGAGGUAUUUCAGAGAUGAAGGGGAUUGCAGGAAAGCCUGGUUGGGCGUGGAUUUUCAUCUUGGAGGGAUUGGUAACAGUAAUUGUUGCAUUUGUCGCUUACUGGGCUAUUAACGAUUACCCUGAGACUGCCAAAUUCCUCACCCCCGAGGAAAAGAUCGAGGUCACUCGCCGUCUCAAGGCUGAUCGCACUUCGCUUGCCGAUGAAUACGACAUCAAAUAUUUCUUCCACGCUGUCAAGGACUGGAAGAUUUACAUCCACAUGUUGAUCACCAUUGGAAUCUACACCCCCUUGUACUCGUUCUCGCUCUUCCUCCCUACCAUCGUCAAGGCAAUGGGCUAUACCAACGAGCAGUCACAGCUCAUGACCGUCCCUCCUUACGUCUUUGCUUGUGCCGCGACCAUCACCGGAGGCUACCUCGCUGACAAGAAGGGCCAACGUGGAAUCUUCAUGAUCUUUUUCUGUCUUCUCUCGAUCAUUGGCUUCACCAUGUUGAUCUCCACUCACAACCCCCAUGUUCAGUACCUUGGUACCUUCUUGGCUGCCGCCGGUAUCUACCCCAACGUUCCCAUGGGUGUCGCCUGGAACGGAAACAACAUUGGCGGUUCUACCAAGCGUGGUGUCGGUAUCGCCAUGCACGUCGGUUUCGGAAACUUGGGUGGUGCCAUUGCGGCAUUCGCAUAUAGGUCUACUGACGCGCCAAGAUACUACUCUGGCCAUGGGCUACUCAUUGGGACCACAACCAUGAGCGCUUUUCUCUGCGUAUUCAUGACCUGGUACCUGAGAAAGGAGAACGCUAGGAGGGAUGCUCUUAUGAGCGAAAAGGGCUUCACUCUUGAAACCUACACCGAUGAGAUGAAGGAAUCCGAGAGGGAGAACGGUGAUUACGCUACUUUCUUCAGGUACACUGUUUAG